AUGUAAAUGCAUUUAUAUUAUAUUGUUUACUUAAAUUAUAUCUGAUUUGCAAAUAUUGAUUUUCAGAGAGAGAAAAAAGACACAGAAUGGCAGAGAAGACACAAAGCGCUUCUUCAAUACUUCGUCAAGUACAGCAUAUAAUUGAAGAACAGAGUUUUGUUGACAAAAAUGGAAAGAAAAAUGAUGAUACAAAAAAGGAUGUGAUUGAAAAAAUUCAACAUGUGAGAGAUUUGAUUGAAAAAGAUGAUCGGCAGCAAAAACCUGGUAUUUUCUCAGGCUGGUUUUCAAACGAGGCAAAAAGAGAAGUUCAGCUAUAUAUUCCAGAACAGAUUUUAAAUGAUUCAAUAAAGUUGUUUGGCGAAUCUCUUGCAAAGGAAUUGAAAAAAAGGGUUUCCGUUGAAUCUCAAAUAGUAAAGAAAAAAGCUUUACAGGCAGCUCUACCACUUCUAUUAGUCUGUCCUUCAGGCUCGAGACUUGGCGCACAUACUGACCUUGCACUUCAGGACUUUCAAUGGGAUGAACCUUUCAUCGUUAUCAUCAUUAAUUUUGGGACAGAAAUGUCUUUACCAGAGAUAGCAUCGAGCAAUAAAGUACCACUGAAACCUGCUUACGAGAAAAUAGUAUUUAUCGACAUGGCUUAUAACGAAGAUGAUAAAUUGUACGAGUGUGACAUGAAUAAAAAUGCGUAUUCCAAAAUCAAAGCUUUUGUUGCCAAGAAAAAGUAAAACGACAAGCAAAUUGUUUAUAUUUGCAGUAACCAUUGACCAAAGUAAUCAUAGUUUUAAUGGAAUCUUAUUCGGUCCAAAUAGGAAAAUUGACUUUUUAUAGUUUUUGUAACACCCUCUUAUUGCGAUUAUAUUUCAAUAUAAGCAAACAAUUUAAACCAAACAAUAAAAUGCAUUUGCUAAAAAAAUGUCACAUGUUAAAUCAACGGGAGGAAAUCAUGAAAGAAAUCAAAGCUGUGGAAGUGCCGCCAUUUGAGAAUAUGACUUAAAUUGUUUCAUACAGCCAUUGUUGCUCUUGUCUGCAAGUUUUAUAUAAUUUUGUUGUGAUUAGUACAUCGGAAGGAUCACUCUUUCUCCAGAUCGUUAUGUCUUAUAAUCCGUACAAAGACAAUAAAGGCAUCAACAUAAAAAACUGAUCCGCUUUACAUUUCACAGUAUCUGUAUAUAUCAUCUGACAAAAAGCUUGCAUAUAAGUGAUCGUCAAUUCAUUAGUUCUAGUUGGAAUAAAAUUUCUUUGUCAAACAGAUAUUUUAAUCUCAGUUACUAGCUAUUUGGUCAUACAGAAAUGAAGUGUUUAUUAUUUUAUGCAUUUCUUUAGUGUUUGUCUUUGAAAUUCAUACUUUUAUGCAACAAAAUGAAAGAUAUAAAAUAUAAUUAUAUCAUAUGUAUUCUCUUGUUUAUUAUUUCUAAACAGUAUUAAAAACGUGUAACAAUCUUU